UCAUCUGGCUGUUUGACCUAGGCAAAGAGUGAAGUUAACCUGAAUGGGGGAGGGGGUGACAAGAUUCGGGACGAAUGGCAUGAAUGAAGGGGUUUCUAGGCUUUUCUAAAAGGCUCUGAGAAGAUAUGGAGAAGAAUCAGAAAUAUGCAGCUGGACAAGAAAGAUUUCAGAUUAGGUCAGGUCAUGGGGAUGGUCAGAGAUCAGAGCCCAGGAAGACACAAACUAUUAUAGAAUCUGACAAGGACUCUGGCUACUCAGAUGUUGCAUCAGAGUGCCUAAGCUCUGUUGAGCAGACUGAUUCAGAAGAGGGUCCAACUACAUCACGCUGCAAUUUAGCAUGGAGCCCCUCAGGCAAAACUCCAUCGCAACCACAUUCAUUGGUCGUCUUGAAAAACCUGCUUGUUGAUCAGGGGUCCGGCCCUGAGCCUAAUGCCAGCUCCUGGGCUGUCCACCCUUCCUUUCAACUGCUUCAGACUUCUCCACAGAUCCUCUUUUUUCCCCAGACUGUGUCUUCUGCCAAGCCAUCUACCUGUACAAAGGAUGCCAAGUACCUGCCCAUCUUAAAAUCCUACACAAAGAUUGCACCACAUCCAUCACACCAUCCCUCCAAUAUAUCCCUUCCCUGUUCCAGAAAGAGGGGACCAGAUGAGAGGCCUCAUAACCAGGCAAAGAGGCAGUGUUCUAAGGGCCACAGUGGGAGUCGCAAAGGGAUGGAUGCCACUGCCUUGUUAGAUACAGGAAUACAAGAAGGCCUCCUUGACCAAAAUGUGAAAGAAAGUGCUCUCUCUACCAAGAACAAAGAGCUGGACAUGCUAAUGACAACUCCGAACAUUAAUUCAUAUGAGAAGGGUUCCAAAGUUGCUUCUUUGGAUACAACGCAGAACCUUCUCAGUGCAGAUCAACAGAACAAAUCACGGCGCUUUCAGAAUACCCUGGAUGUUUUGCACCGCUCUGGCUUGCUGAACAUUGCCAUGAAGACAAAGGAACUGGCACGGCACAACCAGGCUACUCAAAUCCAGUUGGAGAAGCUGCACAAACAGGUGCAGCUUUAUGCCACAGCAAUAAGUAGUAACCACCCUCAAGACUGGCAGAGACUUCAGGAUUCUUUGACAGAGGUUGGAAAAGGAGAUAAAAUGGACCUGUCAGUCAAAGAAAUUAAUUUGUAACAUUUCAUUUUUUAGCUUAUUUUAAGGUAUAGUAUUGGCAGUGGUAUUCCUUUUGUCUGCCCAACACCACUCUCUACCAAAAAAAGUAGACCAACAAAAGAUGCAGUGGUUCCAAGUGUUAGAAAAAGCAUCUUUAUCCCAUAUGCAUCUUUAUCAGCAUAUGUUCACCCAUUAUCUUAAAUAAGAGUGAGAGUCACAUUUAAGACAGUUGGUUUAGAAAAAGGAGACUUCGGUGGCAUCUCUAGAAAAGAGAAUGUUAGUAGCACUGUAAAGAAGGCACAGUACCAGAAUGGCAGUCAGAGAGAGAAAGCGAGAGAGAGAGGGCAUGAAAUGUUAGCAAGUUUUGUGCAUUGAGCAGAGCUUGGUGGCAUCAUUACGUGAUCACGGCAGAGAUAUUUGUAUAAGCUCAGCUAACAUCCUGAGAUUGGCAAGUAGUGCAAAGCUGCCCAUUUUAUCUAAAUAUGAGCGUCCAUUUUAUUUCAUUUUUGUAUUUUCGUAUUGAACAACAUGUAGAAAAUAUGUGAAUGACUCUAACCAACUCAAGAAUCAGUCCAUGUAUGCUAGGUAUGGCUGCUUGUACAAUUUCAUUUGAUACAGAAUAAACAAAUACUUUGACGUUUUCUUCAAGCUUU